AUGCACCGGCUUUUCUGUAACACCGCUGAAAGCUCGUUAGCCAUUGCUGCUAGGCUUUGUGGAGCUUGCAGUCCGCAGGCAAGAUGUGUGCAGACAGCGACCGCAACAAAACCAGAAAAGAUAGAAGUAUUUAUCAACGACCAGAAAGUGAUGGUGGACCCGGGGAUGACUAUACUGCAGGCGUGUUCAACGGUUGGAAUUGAUAUACCUCGUUUUUGUUAUCAUGACAGACUCUCGAUAGCUGGAAAUUGCAGAAUGUGUCUUGUAGAAGUGGAAAAGUCCUUCAAACCAGUCGCUUCCUGCGCUAUGCCCGUUAUGAAGGGAAUGAAGAUAAAAACGCAUUCUGAUUUUGCAAAGAAAGCACGUGAAGGAGUGAUGGAGUUUUUACUUGUUAAUCAUCCUCUUGACUGCCCUAUCUGCGACCAAGGAGGGGAAUGUGAUUUACAGGACCAGUCAUUGAUGUACGGCUCUGACCGUGGUCGUCUUCAAAUAUUGCUUGAUGGCAAAAGGUCAGUUGAAGAUAAAAAUAUUGGUCCUGUGGUUAAGACAGUUAUGACCCGUUGUAUUCAAUGCACUCGCUGCAUUCGAUUUGCUAACGAAAUUGCAGGGGUUGCAGAUCUUGGUUCAACAGGCCGUGGAGUCGAUAUGCAGAUUGGCACUUAUGUUGAAAAGCUCCUUGCUUCUGAGCUUUCCGGCAACGUUAUCGAUGUUUGUCCAGUCGGUGCUUUAACAAAUAAACAGUACAGCUUCGUUGCUCGGCCAUGGGAAACUCGCAAAACUGAAAGCGUCGAUGUUAUGGAUGCCACUGGGUCAAACAUCGUUAUCACCCACCGUACGGGAGAAAUAUUUCGCAUCUUGCCGCGUUUGAAUGAGGGAAUAAAUGAGGAAUGGAUUGGAGAUAAAACUCGUUUCAUUGUUGAUGGCUUGAAACGGCAGCGCAUAAUGAUGCCAAUGUUGAAAGAUAAUAAAGGAGUUUUACAGCCCUGCUCUUGGGAAGUAGCACUGUUUGCUGUUGCUUCGAAACUGAAGGAAACUGAUGGUAAUCAGAUUGGUGCUGUAGCUGGUUCACUGUGCGAUAUUGAAGGAUUAGUUGCUUUGAAAGAUCUCUUGAACCGAUUUGAUUCUGAAAACGUUUGCACAGAAGAAUCAUUCUCGAAGACCAAUGGAGGGUCCGAUUUGCGUUCAAACUACACUUUGUCAGACGGUUUCAUCUCUGUAGAGGAUGCUGAUGCGUUACUCCUAAUCGGCACAAACCCGCGUUAUGAGGCUCCUGUCUUUAAUGCCCGUAUUCGUAAAACUUUUCUUCACAAGGAUAUCGAAAUAGCGGUGAUUGGUAGCAAGGUAGAUCUAACUUAUGAUUAUGAAUACUUUGGCGAAUCAGCUAAGGCACUAGACGACAUAUUGAACGGUAGUUCUGAGUUUGCUAAACGUUUCCGUUCAUCAAAGCAUCCGAUGAUAGUUGUUGGUGCUGCCGUCUUAGAUGGCAAAAACGGUGGUGCUGUUUUGGCCAAACUGCAUCAGAUUGUUGCUAAACUUCGAAAUGCUGAUAAAAAUCUGAAGAUUUUGAAUGUACUGCAGAGACGUGCAUCACAGGUGGGGGCUUUAGAUGUCGGGUACAAGGGUGGUGUUGACUGUUUGCGUGACGGAAAGAAAAUAAAGUUUUUGUAUAACUUUGGGGCGGACGAGGGGAUUAUCAAAAGGAAAGAUUUAUCAGAUAAUGCUUUUAUUGUGUACCAAGGCCAUCACGGGGAUGUUGGCGCAGCAGAGGCUGACGUUGUAUUACCGGGGUGUGCUUACACCGAAAAAGAAGCCAUCUACGUCAAUACGGAAGGCAGACCACAGAAGGCUUAUCCUGCUGUGCCACCUCCGGGUGAUGCAAGAAUUGAUUGGAAAAUAUUUCGCGCAGUUAGUGAAGUCGCUGGUAAAAAACUUCCAUAUGACGACUUAAAAAGCUUGCGUCUUAGGAUUGAAGAAGUUGCUCCGCACUUGCUAAGAUAUAACAGUAUUCAACGCUCUUCCUUUGGGACACAGGCGUCUGCUCUUUCAGAGGUUGGUAAUGUUGAUGUCCCAGUUAAGCCCUCUCAGCAAGAAUUAGCAGACUAUUAUUUGACCAAUUCAGUAUCUCGCGCUUCUCCUACCAUGGCGGAAUGUGUUAAAGCAGCGAAAAAGCAUAAGGAGAGUUUAAUUGCUGAUGCAUCUUAA